AGUAACAAAAAUGUGGAACUUACGACCACGUUGCGGCAAGAACAACACGCGCAAAAGGAACGGGAUCAAGCCGAGGUGGACUAUCGAGCGCAACUGGAACAGCUUCAAAUCAAGUAUGUACAACUGGAAGCCGAGUAUCGAACACUACAAAUCACUCGCGAUUCGCACGGACACAGUGAUCACCUUGAGCACUCAACUAGCGUGGAUCCCGGGGUUGAAUUGAACACCGGACAGGCCACCGACCAAAGUCUGUGUGACACACAUACGGAACAGUUAGAGGCGCUGAUGCAAGAACUACAAGCCAAUCACGUGAGUUAG